GGGAAUAUCAAUUGGUUAAAUGAACUGUUGGCCAUCCCCGGGCCUAUCUAUAACUACACAACAAUUGGUCGAGAUGACAAAGAAGGUACAAGGAGAACACCAUCCGCCAUCUAAAGCAUAUUCUAAGCUUGAUACAUGGAUUAGGCGCCCACUGGUUUGGUUCACAUCAUUCCUCAUCACAUCACACAGCGGCUACGUCUGCUAGUAGAGAGUUCGAUAACCAAGCAGACAAAUGCAUAUAAACCCUUUGCAACCACAUGCUUGACUUGUAGCCAGCCUCAGACAAAAACACACUACUACCAAGCUUCAUUUGAGGAGCACCAGGUCCAAUUAGCCACUAUAUUACCUGCCCUUCAUCCAGAUCAUCUGCACAAUGCCAUCCAACAAAGAUCGUCCAUACGCUGCUCUCUAUGCACGUGGAGGCAACCCGAUAAUGCCAGACAAGGAAGACACAUCCCACUGGGCUUUGAUCGUUGGGCCAAACGUUAAAGUAGAUGGUGGUAUGGGCGUCCGUUACCACGCGAAGGAGAGACCAAAAUUGGGAGGGGGCUCAGAAGGGCACUUUGAGGAGCGCGACUGUCCACUCGCCCCUACCAACAUGCUACUUGUUCGUAUCGUUGUUGGAAAGGUAGCUGAUGGGAGUCGCUUGGUCGAAAUUCUGCGCAGUACGCCUAUCCGACAAGGCCAACCAGGAUGGAAUUGUGUCUCCUGGGUAAAGGAGGCUCUGGAAUCGCUUGAGGCUGAUGGCCCUAGGGACGAGCUGCGCAAUGAGAAAGACCAGCACCGCUUUGACGGUCAGGGCAACUUUGAUAUGACAAAGGUCCCGACUUAUAACUUGAUGGAGUUGAAGGAAAUCAUCAUAGGAGCCACUAUAGUUGGCUAG